CCUCGGCUAGUCCCGUCGAAGGUCUUCUUCUCUCCACCUUCCAUCGCACAUUGAGCCAACAUUAAAUUCUCGACUCCUGCAACAGUAACAAAGCGAAAUAUCACGCGAUAUUAACCGCCAUAGGAUGCAGCGCGCUGUCAUUUCGAUCUAUCUGCCACCAUGAUUGCGACUAUUAACCCGCGCGUUGCGCGCCUCUCGAUUGUUGUCUUCUGCCUUCUCGGCCUCACCUUUGGCCUGCUCUAUGCCUACAGAGACAGCCCAACAGCCACCCGACUACUCAAGACGAUUCCGAUCAUUAAUGACAACAACAGCCCCUCCAGUAAUCAACCCGCGGACGACAACAAACCUCCACUUCCCGGGUCUCAGCCGCCCAAAUACAAACCCCCUCCAAAGAACCCUCCCCCGCCCAUCACCGACCCCUUCCCUUUGCUCGCCACCACUUCCAAGGACGUCCUUCCUCCCCCGAUCCCCGCAUACAACAUCCCCCACCCUGACCUCCAUCUCCACUACGGCCUCUCCCGCCCUCCCCCGCUCUUCAUCGGUUUCACGCGUCAAUGGCCCAUGCUCCUGCAAGCCGUAGUCUCGUACAUCACCGCCGGCUGGCCCGCCUCCGGCAUCUACGUCGUCGAGAAUACAGGCGUGCACAACUCCAACCGGGCCGGCCUGCUCUCCCUACAAAACCCGUUCUUUCUCAACCACACCACACUCAAACGACUGGGCGUGAACGUCAUCCAGACGCCCGUGCUGCUCAACUUUGCGCAGAUGCAGAACUUUUUCCUGGACGUCGCCUACCAGGAGGAUCACAAGUAUUACUUUUACAGCCACCAGGACGUGCUGGUGUUUUCGUUCGAGGACGGGCCGGAUCAGGAGCGCAGGCCGGGCGAUAGGGAGUGGGAAGUCUAUGAUGAGGAGGAUAAGAAGGCAACGGUUACGAACCCGCCGGCUGCGGGCGAGGAGGGGUACAUGACUAUUUAUGAGAAUUGCCUAAGGGAGAUUAACACGACUGUGGCUAGGGGGGAGAGGUGGGGGUUCCGCUGGUUUCAGUAUGAUCACUUGACGCUGGUGAACCGGGCGGCGCUGGAGGCGGUGGGCGGGUGGGACUCGAUGAUCCCGUAUUAUGCGACUGAUUGCGACAUGAAUGGGAAGUUGGCCAUGGAUGGUUGGACGAUGAAGCAUCGACGGGCAGGUAUUGUUAAUGAUGUGUCUAGCGUCAUGACGGAUUUGGAGGCGCUCUAUCGGAACCCGGCUGUUGUUCCGGGGUUUGUGGAUCCGAAUCCGUUGCCGCCGGAUCAGGAGGAGAGUAUCAAGGAGAGGGGCAAGUGGAAGGUGAAGAAGGUUUCCGGCGAUUCGAACACGACGACCAUGCCCACGGACCCGAAAGCGUAUUUCCGCAUCCUCAACCAGGUUGGAAUCGACAUGGGCGCCUACAAGUACCGCGAUGGUGACCGCCAGCGCAACAGGUGGCAGAAAAGCCAGCAAGGUGGUCUGGGAGAGCCGUACCACUACGAUCCGGAAGGUUUCGCCCGUGCUUUUCAACUACUGACAGAGGCUGGAAGGCGUAUCUACAGCGAGAAAUGGGGUCAUCAAGGGUGUGACAUUGCAGAGAAGACGCAACUGAAGUUGCAAGAUCAGUGGAGGGUUGAAGGGGAUUUUGAAUAGGAAGUUGGUCCAUACGGGAUUUUGCCUGCGAACACAACAAGUGCUCACUACCUACACCUGAUGAUCUAUCUC